AGCAUGAAUUUGGUUUAUAAGGCUCCAUUUCAGUCGUUAGAAACGAGAAGCGGAUUGGUGGAUAAAUCGAUGAUGGAUUGAGCAGCCUGGCGGAGGAACGGGCGCCGUUGGGGCGGAAUCAGUCGUGUCCAAUCGAGAGCCGAGCCCAAAAACUUUUGAGGAAGCUCCCUUUUCAUCCAAGAGGACCGAGCAGAGAUUUUAUUUUUGCAAUUUAUUUUUUCAUAAACAUAUAAAAGUUUCAUACGGACUGUAAGCAGCAUGUGAAGCUUCUUCAAACAAGUUUCAGAGACGUUUUUUUUCUUCCCAUCGGAGGAGGACGGAUUUUCCUAAGACAUGAGCAUCCGAUCCCGGCGGCUCAGGGACUGAGAGCAUGGCAGCGCAGUUCACCAUCGAUGAUGCCUUCGUGCUGGAUGGAGACGAGGAGGAGGCUGUGUCCGACGGAGACUCGGAGGGCUGGAAGAGCAGAGACAAGGACAGGGACGGAGAGAUGACGUUCGGGCCCCUGACUUUCUCCAAACCCCAGACUCACCCUUCAGCUGGAGCCACAGGCUCACCUGAUCACAGCAACCUGAAGUAUCAGAAUCUGGAAAAUGAAGGCGGCCUGGGGAACAAUGGCAACUCCUCCUUCAAUAACUUCUUCAAAAUCAGCGAUCCGGCCACUCUGUCGUACUGCAGCUCCCAGUGGUCCUUCAGCACCUUGAGUUCGGUCACGCAGCUCUCGGCACACUGCUGCGGGUGGGUGUCCCAUCCGCUGGUGAAGAAGAACAGAAGGGUCGUUCUCGCCUCGUUCCUCCUCCUCAUCACUGGAGUUGCUCUCAUUUUCACUGGGAUCGUCAUACAGCUGAAUCCAAAUGCAGGCGUCUCAAGCGCCAUUUUCUUCGUACCUGGAUUUCUUCUUUUUAUCCCAGGAGCCUAUCACGUGAUCUACAUCACCUGUGCUGUCCAGGGUCGGAGAGGCUUCAAAUUUUUCUACUUACCUUACUUUGAAAAAUGAAACUGAACUCACACGCCACUUUUCACUCCAUUUCUGUUGUUGUUGUUGUUGUUAUAUUGCAUUGAAUUGUAUUUCAUGCCCUGUGACAAACUAUACUGUCACGAUAUUGUUGUUUUUUUAUCAUUGUCAUGACCACUGCUACUUCAACCACUCGGUGCCUUGACUACAUUUCCACUAUAUGAACGGAUGUCGCUCUGUGUAUACACACACACACACAAAAGGAGAUGGGUCUUUGUCUGUGGUUUUAGUGUUGUGUGAAUAAUGUCUAUGAAUUGAAAAUAAAAAUGUGUAUAUUUUAA